GGGGAAGUUAAGAGACACCAUUCUGGACUGGGAAGAUUCCCUCCCUGACCGUGACCUCACAUUGGCGGGUGAAGCCUGCAGGAAAGCUGAUCUCUCCAUCACUCUGGGGACCUCUCUGCAGAUCAAACCUAGUGGCAACCUCCCACUGAUCACGAAGAAGAGGGGAGGGAAGCUGGUCAUAGUCAACCUACAAGCAACCAAACACGACAGACAGGCCGACCUGCGCAUCCACGCCUACGUCGACGACGUCAUGACGAAGCUGAUGAAGCACUUGGGGCUGGAGGUCCCGGAGUGGACGGGGCCGGUUGUGGUGGAGAGCGCUGAGCUCACCAAGCCCGAACAGCUCUUCAAAUUCGAUCCUGGGGCUCGUGGGCUGCUGAAGGAGGAGCCCCUCUCCCAGCACAAUGGCACGGGUGGGCUGUGCCCUGACCUCGGGACCACACUGGUGGAACACCGCGAUGGUCUGAAGCGGGAGCGUCCCAGCCCAGAUACGGGGCCAACGACGGUGAAAAAGAUGAAGGUGGAGCCUCUCCUCACCUGACCCAGACUUUUUUUUUUAUACACUUGUCUGUGCCGCUUUUCCUACCGAC